GGGCAAGCUGCAACAGGCCUGAAUAUGUAUGCAAGUGCACACAGAGGACUGCUGCUGUCUCAGACCUUGACCCCUCCCAUCCCCAUCUGGAGUCUAGAACAAAUGUACACAACUUGCCAGGGCUUCAAGUCCAAAUAAUGAGGUCUACAUCGGGGUGGUGAGGAGGAGGGGCGGCUCCAGGCAGCGCUGAGUCUCGCCGGGACUUCAUUUGUGUGCUGUUCACUUACAGCAGACCUGCUGUGGUAAAACAUCUCUCAUCAUCUGGCAAUGUGACUCUAAUGGGCAUAAAACAAACUUUCAGUUCCUUUGGGCCAUUGACUAGAUCCAUCGACGCUUCUUCUUUCUUAUACAUCCACACCAGCUGAUCUGAUCAUACGAGGGAAAUAUUGAGAGCUGUUUAAAGAUGUCUAUAUUGCCUUUCACGCCUCCGAUUGUAAAGAGACUUUUGGGCUGGAAGAAGGGCGAGCAGAACGGACAGGAGGAGAAAUGGUGUGAGAAGGCCGUGAAGAGUCUGGUGAAGAAGUUGAAGAAGACAGGACAGCUGGAGGAGUUGGAGAAGGCCAUUACCACCCAGUGUAUCAACACCAAAUGCAUCACUAUACCGAGGUCUCUGGAUGGCCGUCUGCAGGUAUCUCACAGAAAAGGCCUCCCUCAUGUGAUCUACUGCCGGCUAUGGCGCUGGCCUGACCUGCAGUCCCACCAUGAGCUGCGUGCCAUAGACUUGUGUGAGUUUGCCUUCCACAUGAAGAAGGACGAGGUGUGUGUGAACCCUUACCACUACCAGCGUGUGGAGACACCAGUUUUGCCUCCUGUCCUGGUUCCUCGGCACACUGACAUCCCCUCAGACUUCCCUCCACUGGAUGAUUACUCAAUCCCUGAGAACACCAUUUUCCCUGCCGGGAUUGAGCCUCCGAGCAACUAUAUACCAGAGACCCCUCCUCCAGGCUAUCUGAGUGAGGAUGGGGAAACCAGCGACCAUCAAAUGAACCACAGCAUGGACACAGGUUCACCUAACCUUUCACCCAACCCUGUCUCUCCUACAAACAGCAACCUAGACCUGCAGCCGGUGACAUACUGCGAGUCCGCGUUCUGGUGCUCCAUCUCCUACUACGAAUUGAACCAGCGUGUGGGCGAGACCUUUCAUGCCUCGCAGCCGUCACUGACCGUGGACGGCUUUACAGACCCCUCCAACGCAGAGCGCUUCUGUCUGGGCCUGUUGUCUAACGUCAACCGCAACACAGCCGUGGAGCUCACACGCAGACACAUUGGCCGAGGUGUACGUUUAUAUUACAUCGGCGGUGAGGUGUUUGCUGAGUGUCUGAGCGACAGCGCUAUUUUUGUCCAAAGUCCAAACUGUAAUCAGCGUUAUGGCUGGCACCCCGCCACGGUGUGUAAGAUUCCUCCAGGCUGUAAUCUAAAGAUCUUCAAUAAUCAAGAGUUUGCUGCACUGUUGGCCCAAUCAGUGAAUCAGGGUUUUGAGGCUGUGUACCAGCUGACCCGCAUGUGCACAAUUCGCAUGAGUUUUGUAAAAGGUUGGGGGGCAGAGUACAGGCGGCAGACAGUGACCAGCACCCCCUGCUGGAUAGAGCUGCAUCUUAACGGCCCCCUGCAGUGGCUGGACAAGGUGCUCACUCAAAUGGGCUCUCCGAACCUCCGGUGUUCCAGCGUGUCAUAGAAAAAACCCCAUCCACACACAUCUAAUGACACCCAGGACCAACCCUCUGUCACUGCUGUAUGCCGACACAGCAUUUAAACAGAGCAAAACUGAGGAUGGGGAAGACAAAACCCUGCUGGACUCCCAAGAGUCAAUCACAGAUCUCAAUAUUUUGCUGCAAGCAAUAAGGAUCACACAGUUAAAGCACUUUCAGCCAGUGACACUCAUGGAUAAUAUUUCCUCAGUGUGAACUGUUUAAAAUGAGGAAUUUCCCUCAUUGUGAAUUCAAAUAUUACAUGGAAUUAUGCUUCUAGAAUUUAUUUUAUUUUUUAAAUUUUUUUUAUCAAGAUAAUUACAGAGUGUAUCAUGCAUUCAAUGAAGAUAUAAAUAUAUAUGAUUGCUUAAAAUCAUAGACAUCCUUGUGGAAGGGCCCGGUAGUAAGACUUUUAUCAUUCACAUGCUACAUACUGUAAGAAAAAAAGUGCUCUGUUUCCACCACCUUCAGUGAAGGGGUCUUUUAUGUUCGCCUAGUAGCCAUCCUGAAGCUGGCAGUAAGCUCGAUGCUUGUCGUGGGCUGCCUUGUCCACCACAUGUCUGUUUAGUAUUCAUUAAUAGUAGCUUCCUGUUGUGUUUGAGUAAAUUGCACUGCACGGGACACAUUGGUUUAUUGUGUGGCACGGUCAGCGCUGACCAGGUUUGUAUACCUAUUUUGGCAGGGACUGAGUGUGUAAAAUGAAAAAAGGUACAGUAGCACGGCCUUCAUAAUGAAAAGCACUUGUUUUUACAACUCAAUGACAGAGUGACUCAGUCAUCAGCAUAGGAAUUUUGUCAGUGACAAAUACAGCUGAUAGUGCCAUUUUAUUUCUUUGACUUAAAGAUGGUGGCUGUUUGAAUUUUGCUUAGCAAAGGCAAGUCAAACUUUUUGUAAUACAUAUUUUUAAUAUAAUAAAUAGCAUAAUAAACUGAAUGGAGAUUGCGGAAGUAUACAUUUACUGCUGUCCUAUAGAGUAUUGCACAUAAGAUUGUGUAGUUAGUGUAGUGUUUAUCACGCAUCUACAUGUGAUUGUCAUAGGAGUUACAGCACCAAUUAAAACAAAUGGGUAGAGGAAAAAGCAGCCUCAUACUUUAUCUACAUUUCAUUUACAGUAUAUAUACUACACUAUUUUACUGUCAUUUUUGAGUGGGGGUAAAAAUGCACACUUUUGUAUUUUAGUGUGGAGAUUGCUAUGAUUUUCAUGGAAGUAUUGAAGGCAAGUACUGCUGGCAGCUCUUGGAAUGCUUUUAGUUUUGUACAAAGGUUGGUUUCACAAGAGGACACUUGAAAUGUAAUGGCUGGAUUUUAUUUUUUAUUUUUUUUAAGCCAAACCUUUAAAUUGGCUUUUUAUUUUAUGUGUAUGCUUUGGACUUCUCAUGACUGGAUUUAAUAUUUUUAAGCUCAACGAUUCAUUGGAUGGUCUGGAGAUGUGCUAUUAAAUGGAUAGUUCACCCAAAAAUUUAAACUCUCUCAUUUACUCAUCCUCAUGGCAUCCUAGAUGUUUAUGACUUUCUUCUGCUGAACACAAACAAAGAUUUUUAGAAGAAUAUUUCAGCUCUGUUGGUCCUUACAAUGCAAGUGAAUAGUGACCAGACUUUUCAAGCUCCAAAAAUCACAUAAAGGCAGCAUAAAAAAUAAUCCAUAAGUCUCCAGUGGUUAAAUCCAUAUCUUCAGAAUUGAUAUGAUAGGUGUGGGUGAGAAACAGAUCAAUAUUAAAGUCCUUUUUAACUAUACAUUUUUAUAGAUUUAUAGUACAAAAGGAUCAAAAUAUUGAUCUGUUUCUUGCCCAUAGUGAUUGCAUCACCUCAGAAGAAAUAGAUAAACAUAUGGAUUACUUUUAUGCUGCCUUUGUGAUUUUUGGAGCUUGAAAGGUCUAUCCACCAUUCACUUGCAUUGUAUGGACCUACAGAUCUGAGAUAUUCUUCUAUAAAUCUUUGUGUUCUGCAGAAGAAAGAAAGUCAUAAAGAUCUGGGAUGGCAUGAGGGUGAGCAAAUGAUGAGAGAAUUUUCAUUUUUGGGUGAACUAACCCUUUCAUAACAGAGAGAUCAGCAAUCCAUAAAGUAAGUGUGUUUCUCAAUUUAUUGGGUGAUGUCUGAACCUGGCUCCUUAUUUUCAGGGUUGUGAGGGUUACUUUUGAAAUGUAUUCCACUACAGAUUACAGAAUACAUGCUGUAAAAUGUAAUUUGUCACAUAUUCCGUUAGAUUACUCAAGGUCAGUAACGUAUUCUAAAUACUUUGGAUUACUUCUUCAGCACUGGUAGAUUUUUUCACUUGUUUUGACUAUAAAUACUCUGCCAGUACAGUAAGACAAAAUUACACAUUAAAAAUACAUUCUCUGAAAAACCUAAAUAUCUUAUACAGUGUUGUUUCUAUAACAAGAUCAAUCUAAAUGAUCUUGUUUUAAGGAUUUUCAGAUAUUUUUACAGGAAAACAAUAAACAAAUUAUCAUCAAGAAUAUGAUUUUUGCCCUAAUAUCAAAGGUCUUACUAGAAAGGAAAAAAAAUUAUGAUCCAACGUGAAUUUUCUUGAUAAAAAAAAAAUAUGAUCAUGCCUGGUAACAUGUGCAUGUAAAAUGGCUAGAAAUAGUAUUUUAGCUUAACGUAAAGCUGACAAUUUACACAAGGUUUAUUUCUAUUUCUUCUGCUCCAAACUUACUUCAAACUUACUUCUCUGUCUGCUCGUAUGAAUGUAACACAUCAUAAGAAAGUGUUUCACCGCUGUUCAAAUGCACUUUGGAUCGCAUCAUUUAUAUGUAUAAAUGUUUUCCAUCUGAAAGGACUAAAUAUUAAAUGAAACAAAUGACAAUAAAAUGCAAAGUAAUCUCUUCAGUAAUCAAAAUACUUUUUGAAUGUAUUUAAUUACCAAUGAUUUAAAUUGUAACUGUAGUGGAAUACAGUUACUUAUAUUUUGUAUUUUAAAUACGUAAUCCCGUUACAUGUAUUUCUUUACUCCCCAACCCUGCUUAUUUUUAGAUAUACACAAUGCACAUCUCAAAGUUUUCUGCUUAGCUUUCGAAAAUCAGUUUGUAUUGUCUGAGAACUGAUCAAAUUGAUAUUUCUUGGAACAACUGAUCAUUGUGAUGCUUUAUUAACCCGGUGUUAUAAGCGGUGCCAUGGACCUUGCUGGUUCCUCCACUGUAUUUCAACAGGCCCAAAGCACACAGUGAACUGUUGAGAUUUUUAUUUAUAGUAGAUUUGUCUUUUUGUUGAGAUGUUGCUUUUAAAGUAUCCCAUUUAUUUUCUUAAAGUCUUGUUUUAGUAAAUACAAUUUGCUUUGUCUUAGUUUCAGUACUUUCAGUUAUUCUUAAACUGGUGCUUAGUUCUUGUUUGCCCUGAAUUUUCUUCCCUUUUGUUUUUCUUUUCUGAAAUGUAUUCUGACAUUUACUUGUUUCAUUGCUUUCAUUGUUUUAUUGACCUUUGUUAUUCAAGUUUUAAUAAUUAAAUGUUUAAACUGGA